GGCUUCCCGGGCCAGCGACUGUGCAGUGACCUCAGCCUUGCCCCAGACCGCCGAGCGGACCAGCGUCGGCUUGCCAGCGAAUUCACCGCCUUUCCGCACAACCCCCGCUUCCGGGACACCACCGACGACAACGGCACCAAAACAGCACCAUUUCACCCGCUUGAAUGCCGGUCACUCUUGGUUCAGAUUCUCCCGACACGCCCUGGACAAAAGCAUGGCGAGCAUCGAGCAAAUAUGUUCGCAAGGCGAACAAAGCAUUAUGCGCUCGCAUCGGGUUGUGAUACCUAGUGGUUCCUCGUCUUUACCGCGAUCAUAAUGCUCAUUCUCGCAUUUCUCGGCUUCACAAACGCCGCACAUGGACUGCCGAUCAACGACAAGCUUCUUCAUUUCUUCUGCCUGAGCUUGGCGACGGGUGUCUUCUACUUCAUCUUUGACGUCGAGGAAGACGCACGUCGUGUCUGGUUUUGGCGGAGUGCGCCGCUGAUAUUCACUGGAAUUACCUGUUUCUUCCUCGGUGGGAUCGUCAGUGAAUUUGUGCAGUCAUUACUCCCAGUACGUUACAAACAAUUCCAAAUUGGCGACGUUGCAGCAAACCUCCUUGGGUCCAGCCUUGGACUGUACAUCGCAUAUCACCUGGAGCGCUAUUACCGUAACAGACGCGAGAUAUCCCGCCUUUACCAACCCCUCCAAUUCGACGCGGAUGAGGAAGAAGACGACAUUGAAAUCGACGAACGCCCCUGCUCCCAGCCACUACGGCGGGCUCCUCACGCAACUCGGUCAAACCUGGCGGCACAGCCAAGGCUGACGUGGGUAAGGUCCGUCUGGACAACGUCUGGGACGAGGGCGAAGAACUCUUCAACCUCGGCGCGACGACACGGAUGACGAAGACCCACAAACCCCCAAGCCGUCUACUCCCGGUGCGGCGCCAAAAUCGUGUCACGGACUCGGAGCAUGAUCGAAGGCUGCCAGUGCGGACUUGGUGUACAUCCCUACGGAUAGACAUUCGUUGUACAAGACUGUUGUAGCUUAUCGUAACUUAAUGCAGUGC